AUGUCGUCAAUCGACAAGAGCGGUAGAGCUGACCCGCGGCUUCUCGGCCGGGAAAGCUGGCCACAGCAGAAGACCUCCGGGCAAAAGGAGCUGGAAGCAUCCAAGCCUCGUGGAUCCGAAGCAGUCGAGGAGGUUCAGCCGAGACCCACGAGAUUCCGUGGAUUGGUGGGCGGCGCCUGGCAGAAG